ACGAAGUCCAGCACGUUUUAAUGUUCCAAAACGUGGACAGUUAAUAUAGUGGGAAUGCCUAUUAUUUAUAUAUUCAUUAAACAAACUUGACAUGCCUAUUCAAAUAUUAGCAAUUAAAUAUUUUUUUUGAAUAAUUUGAAAGUUUCCGAAUAUGGACUAAUUGUAUUGAUUUCGGAUAAAAGAGUUAAAAAUGGAUGUUGAAGCUAUUCAAGGAUUUUUAGAUCAAGGAAAUCCUGAGGCUAGAUCAAGGGCUUUCCAAUAUUUUGAACAGCUGAAGGAAUCAAUAAAUGGCUGGAAGUUAAGCAUUAACUUCUUAACCAGCAUGAAAGAUCAGAAAGAUGAAGUCAAGUUCUUCUGCUUUCAAGUAAUUUCUCAUUAUAUCAAAACUAAAUAUCACUACGCUAAUUCAGAACAGCAGCAAAUUAUUAGAGAAUUUGUAAGCCGCUGGAUACAAUCACAAUGUUCAUCGUCGGAACCAGAUAGUCCUUUUAUACAAAAUAAAGCUGCACAAAUAGUUUGUAUGGUAUUCCUCAAUGACUUUCCAACCCGUUGGCCUUCAUUUUUUGAUGACUUGUUGGGCACUUUAAAUUUAGGAAUGACAGCUAUAGACUUAUACCUUCGCAUUUUGCUUGCAAUCAAUUCUGAUAUUGCAGACAGAGAAAUUCCUAGAACGCAGAAGGAAUUGGAAUCCUUUACUUUCAUAAAGGAUACAAUGCGUGAGACAUGCAUACCAAAAUUAGUGGAUUCUUGGCAUCACAUAUUAGUUACAUAUCAAACUUUGAAUACCACUAUUGUUUGUAACUGUCUUGAUGUAAUUGGAGCUUAUAUUGCAUGGAUAGAUAUAAGCCUCAUUGCAAAUGAUCGCUUUGUGGAAGUAUUUAUUAGUUUUCUGUCCAUACCAAUACUUCGUGAAUCUACUUGUGAUUGUAUUAGUCAGAUUAUAAACAAAGGCAUGGAUCCAGUAGCAAAAGUGAAACUAACUGAAUCUUAUGCAGCAGUUUUGGAACAAGCUGGAGUUUUAAAUUUUUCUGGGAGUGCUGAUGAUGAAGAUUUUAUUAUUAAGCUGGCAAAUUUAAUAAAUACUAUGGGUACAGCUAUUUUAACAAGUUGGACAAGACUGCAAAAAUCUAAAGAUUCUGCAGGCAUGACAGUAGCUGCUACUGCAAUUCACAAUAAAAUAGAGUUGCUUUUAAAAUUCUUGAAUAAUGAAGAUGAUGAAGUAUCACAGGCGGUUAUUGAAUUUGCAAGAGAAUAUCUGCAGUUCCUUAAAUACAAGGUUAAUGCUGGAGUUUAUGGAAAUCCUGACUCUGCCAAUGUUGAGGCCAUUCUUUGCAUUGUGAUAAAUAAAUACAAGUAUGAUAAAUCAGCUGAAAUUGAUAGUCAGAGUCAUGAAGAAGCUAUGUUUCAAGAAUAUAGAAAGUCUUUAAAAGUUCUGUUUGAUAAUUUGUCAAUGUUGGAUUUGAACCUUGUUUUUUCACGAACUAAAGCAAUGAUUACAAGUACAUUAAGCCAGUGGAGAACCUUACCUUUUGAAGAUGUUGAAGUUGCAAUAACUUUUCUGUAUCUUCUUGGGGAAGCAGCCCCUGUGCAAAGUUGCCAAAGUAACUCUGUAGACAGAAAAGCAGAAAUGAAUGAGAUGCUUCACCUGUUGGUUACAUCAAAAGUCAGUAGGCAAGGUCAUGUUUUAGUUACCCUGCAAUUUUUCGAGACAGUGGUUCGUUUUGAAAAGUUUUUUGCCCAAGAACCACAACAUAUACCUGAAAUUCUGACUGCUUUUUUGGAUGACAGAGGUUUAAGGAAUCCUGAUCCUCAUGUCAGAAGCAGAGCGUCAUACUUAUUUUCAAGAUUUGUGAAAUGUUUGAAAGCACAUAUGCCAAAUUAUACUGAAGGAAUAUUGAAGGAACUUCAAGAUUUAUUGAUUUUAGCACCACCAGACAAUGGAUACAUUUCAUCUCACUUGUCUCCUGAUGACCAGCUCUAUUUGUAUGAAACUGCAGCUAUACUUAUUGUUUCAGGAAAUUUUAAACCAGAAUGUAAGCAAGUCCUUCUCAAAAAUUUAUUAUCACCAGUUGCUGAAAAAUUCGAAAUGCUUUUACAGAAAUUGCAAAUUAUCAAUGAUGAACAUCAAAAGCAUGAAGUAGCUAAGUGUAUGAAUUAUGCUAUAGCAGUGACAAGUCGCACUAGUAAAGCAUUCUCAAAUCAGCAAACAAUGAAGUCUUGUGGUUGCGUGGAAGUAUAUUUACAAGCGUUGCAGGUUUUCUUGGGUGCUUUAAAUUUGCCAUAUGAGCAAGCAUUGCUUCAAUCUGCAGUACGUCAGUAUUUACACAGGAUGGUAGUUUGCUUAGAAUCUGAAAUGUUGCCUUUCUUCCCAAUAGCUGCUGAGCAGCUACUCAAAUCAUCUGACAUACGUAGCAUUCAAGAAUUUAUUCCACUUAUCAAUCAAAUCAUAAGUAAAUUUAAGAAGGAAAUUGUCCCUUUUCUUCAACAAAUUUUUAUGCCUUUCGUCAAUGUUAUUUUUAAUGCAUUGUCAGUUCCAGUUGAUGAGAAUGACCAACCUGCUCAGAAUGAAAGGCAGCUUUUACAAAGGAGCUACUUUCUUUUCAUUGCUGCAAUUGUUACUAAUAAUAUUACAGAAGUCAUUGCUGCACAAGAAAUGCAAAAUGUGGAGCGUGUACUAUUAACAGUUAUUCAAGGUGCAGUAGAUUUUCCCGAUCCUGUGGCUCAAAAGACUUGUUUCAGCAUUCUGAGGAAGAUGGUGGAGUUGUGGGGAGGAUCAGAUGGUAUUGCUGGAUUUGUAGAUUUUAUGUACAGUAAUAUAGUGCCAUCAUGUUUUGUUGCUCCAUUGAAAGAAACUUUUGAUUUAAAUGAUGCACAGACAAUUUUGGCUCUUUCGGAGAGUGCUUUAUGUCUAAAAACUAUAUUAGACAAAAGAGGAGAUGAGUUUGUAACUUACCUCAAAAACAGUUAUUUGCCCACAUUGAAUGUGUCCUCAGAAAAAAUAGAGGAGUAUUGCCAAGCCUUAAAAUCUGAUCCUAAAGCUUUUAAAAAUUAUUUACGAUUUUUCUUCCAGAAUGCAAGAACAUAGCAAGAAGUAUAUUAGUUCUUUGAAUUUCAAGAUGCUAAAAAAUGUAUUUGUGGACUAUUUUAAUUUUGAUAAAUCAGAUGUACAGUGUAAAAAUGUAAUAUAUAUGGAUGUUUUGACUUACAGAGAUGACAUAUUGUACAUUCUGUAUAUGAGAAAAUUUUUAUAUUUUUACAUGUAUGUGAGUUUUUUUUUUUUUUUUUUUUUUUUUUUUUUUUUUUCCCCUGUUAAUAUGUUAAAAGAAGAAAAUGUCCUUGAUGAAUUAAAAAGUUCGUAUGCUUGAGGUUUUCUGCAUUAAGCCCAAAACUAAAUGCCAAAUAUUGUUUUUUAGUGCAGUUUUAAAUUUUGCACUAUAUGUGACUUUUUAUGUUAUUUUCAGGAUUUUAUAUUCUCCUUACAAGAUACUCUGAUUAGAAUUUGGCUUUUUAGAUACAUGACUUCAGCAUAUUCUCUCAUGCAACAAAUAAAGCCGAAUUAAAAUUAUAUAAAUAUCGUUUCUAGUGCCUUAAGUAUGAAAUUAAUAGUAAAACUGAGUAUACAUGAUUCCGUACUCCUUUAAUUUGUAUAGUUAUGUUGAUCAUAUAGUACUAAAGUGUUCACAUGGCAAAUAAAUUUUUAUACCAAAUA